AUGUCACGGAAUGUAGAAUUGAAGAUUGGAGGAUGUAAGGAUAACAUAGACUUCAUGAUAAUCCCCAUGGAUGACUUUGAUUUUGUCAUCGGGUUGAACUUCCUUAUCCGGAUCAAAGCCUUUAUCCUUCCCUAUGCAAAUGUCAUGGGCAUCAUGGAUUCCCGAUGCGGCAAUGCAAGCCAAAACAAACAAACGUCAAGGGUGUCGCUAGAACAAGUGAGAGAGAAUAUCACAGACUGCGAACUUGUGGGCGAGAUCGGCCCACAACAGACUACCUAUGGGGCCGCAACCAGCACAAGGCAGGCUGCUCCCGCUGUGGUGCCUAGACCAACACCCACCAGGAAAAAUUUGAAAAGUCUCCUUGACUCGAACUUUGACUCUAAUACCUCCCAACAAGCAACGAGCUCCUCCACAUUUGUGACGGAGCCGCCUAAAACUGUCGGUAAAACUUCCAAAACAAAACUUGCUCAACAUCGAGCCUUAGCGGUGGUGGUUCCACGAAUAAUUGCCCGGUCCCUCUCUUGUGAAGGCGAGGUGGAAACGACCAUCCGUUACCUUCGCAACGCCGAUCCCCUUCUUGCUUCCUUAAUUGACCUUCAUCCACCCCCAACCUUCGACACUUUCCAUAUCCCUUUUCUCGCUCUCACACGAAGCAUUUUAUACCAACAGCUCGCUUUCAAGGCCGAAACCUCCAUCUACACUCGUUUCAUCUCUCUCUGCGGAGGUGAAAACGGCGUUGUUCCUGAAACUGUUAUUUCUUUAACCCCUCAACAGUUACGGCAGAUUAGUGUCUCGGGACGAAAAGCGAGUUACCUUCAUGAUCUCGCGAGAAAAUACCAAACGAGGAUAUUAUCAGACGCGACGAUUGUAAAUAUGGAUGACAAAUCACUAUUUACCAUGCUUACAAUGGUAAAUGGGAUCGGUUCUUGGUCGGUUCAUAUGUUCAUGAUUUUCUCGCUUCAUAGACCAGAUGUUUUUCCAAUUAAUGAUCUCGGGAUUCGGAAAGGGGUUCAAAUGCUCUACAAUUUAGAGGAGUUGCCAAGGCCUUCGCAGAUGGAUCAGUUGUGUGAGAAGUGGAGAACAUACAAGUUAGUCGCUUCCUGGUACCUUUGGAGGUUUGUGGAGGCCAAAGGAGCACCUUCGAGUGCUGCCGCAGUUGCUGAUGGUGCUAGUCUUCCUCCGCUACAGCAACAACAACAUCAGCAGCAGACCCAGCUUCUGGACCCCAUCAAUAGCAUUCUUAACCUUGGGGCCUGUGCGUGGGGCAAUGAUUGUCAUUGGAGAUGUGAAUGUUUGAUAUUUGUCACAAUCCGUUGAUCAACUUGAAAGGCAGGUAGGCACUUCAAAGGAAAAUGUUUGUGUAAAAUUGUUGUUAUGAAAGCCAUUAAUGUUAUAAGCUUUUAGAUCUUGAAUAAACACAUUGCCCGGUUCCUUGGCCUUUGUUAAAGGACAGCAAUUUUAGAUGUCAACUGUCUAAUACAAGACAUUAAUGGAUUGCAAAUCUGCGCUGGUUGUG